GGAUGUCAAAAAAAGGAGACGAUGAUACUGUUGAAGUUCAAGUCUGAUAGAUUACAACAGUGAUCAAUUGGAUAGAAGAUAAGAGGGAUAGAAAGGACUGUUCAAUCCAUCAUAAUAGAUAUAGUUCCAUUGCAUAUCUCUGAUUUAAAAUCCCAUUAUGAAUUCGACAUCAUCAUUCAAAUCUAAUCCUUUAAAUAAGAUUAUAGGACUUUCUAUAAUCUUAUCAAUGGGAUUCUUAUUGGUCAUUCUAGCAGGUAUAUAUGGGAAUUGGUUUCCCAUAAUAAUAGGAAUAUUGUUUGCUGUGGCUCACUUGCCAGUGGUUAUAACUCAAGCUAUAUCCAAUUCGUCCGAUUAUGAUUUUAAUUUCGAUCCUACAACUUCUUCCUCCACAAAUGUGGUAAAAGAAUUUGGUCAAUUCCUUUCAGCUUUUUUAUUAGUGUCUGGAUUCUAUUUACCUGUCAUCUUACAUCAUUCAUUGAUAUUAACCAGAACUGCCAUGGUAUUGACUAUCGUAGGUGGUGGGUUAAUCUAUGGUACUGUUUAUACAUUUAGUCUGUUCUUUAAUGAUCAUGAAGAUGAAGAUGAAAUACCAGACCUUGGAGGUGGCGUAAUCUAAUCUAAUCCAACGUAAUUAAGUUAUUGGUUUUUAAUGGUUACGGCUAAUUUGCAUAUUGAUAUAUAUUUACACUAUCUAAUUAGUUCUUUAUGUUUAUGAUUAAUAUAUAUAUAUAGUGAAAUGUAUUAGUUUAUCCAUAGUUAUAUUUAGUAUCAAUACUCAAGU